GAUCCCUCCUGCGGAUGGCCCCUCCCCCUCCGUCUCGGUUCAGCGGAAAGUCCGCGGAGAGGCCUAGCGAAGGCGGGCUCACCGAGCGACGGAGUUACGAAUACGACGGUAGCGGUAACGGCGGUCGCAUGGCAGCGUUUAAAGCCAUUGACGAACGGUCUGAAGGAAGCUUCAAGGAAGGAAGCGCCAAGGACCGGUUUAGGAGCGCGAAGAGCGUUAAGCGGGGAGCUUCGCCAGCUAGACCCCGGCAGGUGGAUGGGAUAAUGCAUGAGUAUCAGAUGCAGAACGCUGCUGCGCGCCGAGCCGAGGCUUCUAACCACAGCAAGAAGGGAAUCGGCGGCACCGUGCUGUUCCUGAUGUUGCUCGUCUGCACGGCAGCAGUAGGCUGGGGAGGCUAUCAGUACAAGCAAGCCCUCUCUCUCGAGCUCCGGCUCUCAGAACUGCAGCGCAAACACACGCGCCUUGCUUCCAAACUGUCAGAUGACGUUCCUGCUAGCGUCAGCAGGAUCUUCCCCAGCAGCAGCAGCAGCAGCAGCAGCAGCAGAUGCGAAGUAGAAGGAGAAGAUGGGGCAGUGGAAGGUACCUGCUCCCCCUUCCCCACAGAAAGGUCUGAAGGAGACAGCGCCGGGUGGAGAGAGGGGAGCGGGAGCGAGGAGGAGAGCGAUCGCGAGCGUAGAAGCUCAAAGGAGAAGGCAAAGGAGAAAUCCAAGGAGAAGAAGGAGGAGGAGGAAGAGGAGGAAGAGGUGAAGGAGGACCAGGAGCUGUUCUGGCGCAGGGUGGCGCUCCUAGCAUCCAUUCUCUGCCUGGUCCUCCCCAUCUUCAUCAUCCGCAACAUCGAUGAAGUGGCACAGCUCUUUGGAAGGCGCCCCAAGGCGACAGACGGCCAUACGACCGCCGCUGCCUCUUCCUCCUCCUCGUCAUCCACCUCUGCUGCGGCGGCGGCUGCUGCUGCUGCUGGUGCGGCUCCUUCAGCGGCGCCUGGGGCGGACGAGGAGGUGUCGAUGAGCAAGCGGCUGGCCUCAGCUGCGCUUGCACCUGGAGCAGACGAGGAGGUGUCGAUGAGCAAGAGGCUGGCGUAUAAGGCCGAUGUGCUCUUCUCCAUGCACUCCUGGGUCAAGGGCGCUGCUCUCCUCGCCGCCACUCUCCUCCUGUACGUACACCUUAACCCCCCAGCCUCCGCUCCUCUACCACCCCGCCUCCUCUCUACCCUUGUGCCGCUGGAGCGGACGAGGAGCUGCCCUUGUGCGGCUGGAGCAGAGGAGGAGGUGUCGAUGAGCAAGAGGCUGGCGUAUAAGGCCGAUGUGCUCUUCUCCAUGCACUCUAUCGCCCUGGGAGGCCUUGCUCUGUACGCCGUUGGAUCGAAAGACCGAAUGGAUCUGGGCGACGCCACGUGGCGGGCGUGGUCCUACGUGGCAGACGCAGGCAACCACGCGGAUAGCGAGGGCGUGGGGCCGCGGAUCGUGGGCGUGAGCAUCAGCAUUGGCGGGAUGCUGAUAUUCGCGCUGAUGGUGGGGUUGGUGUCGGAGGGCAUCUCGGAGAAGGUGGACUCGCUGAAGAAAGGCAAGAGCGACGUGAUUGAGAAGAACCACACGCUCAUCCUCGGCUGGAGUGACAAGCUGGCCUCGCUGCUGAAGCAGCUGGCAGUGGCGAAUGAGAGCAUGGGAGGGGGUGUGGUGGUGGUGAUGAGUGAGCGGGAGAAGGAGGAGAUGGAGAGCGAGAUUCAGAAGAUGGAGUUCAACUUCCGAGGGACCACUGCAGAGAACGCGGAUGCUGCAGACGCCAGGGCACUCAGGGUGGUGCUGAGCCUCUGUUCUGCUCUCCCUCUCCCUCUCCCUCUCCUUUCUCUCUCCCCACCCCCCCUUCCCUCCGCUCCUCUCCGCUCGCCCCUGGUGUUGGCUGACCUGAAAAAAGUCUCUGUCUCGACUGCUCGGGCGCUGAUAGUUCUGGCAGAGGCGGAAAACGCGGAUGCUGCAGACGCCAGGGCGCUCAGGGUGGUGCUGAGCCUGAUGGGCGUGCGGGAGGGGCUGCGUCUGACUCAAUUCUUCCUUCUAAUCGUUGGCUUUCGUCUCCCUUUCUCCUUUCCCUCGCCCCAUGCUCUCCCCCCUCCCCAUGCUGCUGCAGCUCCGGCUCGCCCCUGGUGUUGGCUGAUCUCAAGAAGUUCCGGCUCGCCCCUGGUACUGGCUGAUCUCAAGAAGGUCUCUGUGUCGACUGCUCGAGCUCUAAUCGUGCUUGCGGAAGCAGAGAACGCGGAUGCUGCAGACGCCAGGGCGCUCAGGGUGGUGCUGAGCCUGACGGGCGUGCGGGAGGGGCUUCGAGGGCACAUUGUGGUGGAGCUGAGCGAUAUUGACAACCAGCAGCUCGUCAAGAUGGUGGGGGGACGGAUGGUGGAAACGGUGGUGGCGCACGACGUGAUCGGGCGCCUCAUGAUUCAGUGCGCCCGCCAGCCCGGCCUGGCCCAGAUCUGGGAGACCCUCCUCGGCUUCGAGAACUGCGAGUUCUACACCAAGCACUGGCCCGAGCUCGUCGGGAAAACCUUUCGGGAGGUCCUGCUGUCCUUUCCUGAUGCGGUGCCGUGCGGUUUGAGGGUUUCUGCAAGGACGUAUUAUGAGAAGAGUACGGAGGCGGUGGGGUUUGAGUUUGCUGGUGGGAGCAGUGUUGGGAGUGAGGAUGAGGAGGAGGAAGGGGAGGAGGGGGAGGGAGGAGGGGAGGGCGAGGGGAAGAGGGUGCAUAAGGAGCAUACCCGGCUGUGGCUCAACCCGGACGAUGACUACGUGCUCCAGCCUGAGGACUCUGUGCUUGUGAUUGCAGAGGAUGACGACUCCUAUGCCCCCGGCCCGCUGCCCGUGGUGCAAGACGCCCCGCUGCCCGACAUUGAAACCCCGCCGAAGCUGCCCGAAAAAAUCCUGUUCUGCGGCUGGCGGCGCGAUAUCGACGACAUGAUCACGGUGCUAGAGGCGUUUUUAGCCCGGGGCUCAGAGCUGUGGAUCUUCUCGGACGUGCCCGUGGAGGAGAGGGAGGCGCGCCUCAUAGAGGGCGGGCUGAACCCCAGCGAGCUGGAGAACGUGAUGCUCGUGCACCGCAUGGGGAAUGCCGUUAUUCGGCGCCAUCUGGAGUUUCUUCCCCUCGAAACCUUCGACUCGAUCCUCAUUCUAGCGGACGAGGGGCUGGAGGACUCGAUUAUCAACUGCGACUCGCGCUCCCUCGCCACGCUGCUGCUCAUCAGAGACAUCCAGUCCAAGCGCAUGCCGGCGGGCAGCAAGGGCCACCGGCGCAGCAACUCGAGCAUAACCUACCCGCGCCCCACGUCCACGUCCUCGUGGGUGGGGCAGAUGCAGCAGGCGUCGCAGCAGUCCAUCGUCAUCUCGGAGAUCCUCGACUCGCGCACGCGCUCCCUCGUCUCCGUCUCCAAGAUCAGUGAUUACGUGCUCAGUAACGAGCUGGUGUCCAUGGCUCUAGCAAUGGUGGCGGAGGACAGGGAGGUCAACCGCGUUUUGGAGGAGCUAUUUUCAGAAGAGGGCAACGAGAUGUAUAUCCGCCCAGCCGAGCUCUACCUGACAGAUGGCGAGGAGCUCUCGUUUUUCGAAGUGGCGGUGAGAGCACGCCAGCGCAUGGAGAUCAUUAUUGGAUACCGGCUCUUCACAGAGGACGAAGCAGUUCUGAACCCGCCUGACAAGGCUGAAAGGCGCACCUGGUCGAUUCAAGACACCUUCAUCGUUCUCUCGUUCAACGAGUAG